AUGAAAUUCAUUACCAUUUUCGGUACGAUCUUGGCAUUGGCCCUGGCAGGCACAACUUUGUGCGCGCCACAUAGCGAAGCAGAUACCUCGGCAGAUACCACUGCAGAAGGACGUAUUGUCGGCGGCAACACCAUAGACAUUUCGGUACAUCCACAUCAAGUUACUUUGCGCGUGAAGAGCCUUCUAUAUCCAACGAACUCAUACUCGCAUAACUGUGGUGGUUCAAUUGUAUCGGCGUACACAAUUGUCACAGCAGCACAUUGCGUCAUAGCUAGGGUGGCUAGUGAAUAUCAAGUUGUUGCCGGCACAAAUCAUCGACGUGGCGCCGACGGCAUCAUUUCCGUCGUCAAAGAGAUCAUCAUGAAUGAGAACUACAACCCAAGCACCAUCGACAAUGACAUCGCUCUGCUAGUACUAGCUACGCCACUGCCGAUCAAUAAUUUCACCAUCAAACCAGUGGAGUUGGCAGACGUACCUUCAUUGAAUGGUGCUACGGCAACUGUUACCGGCUGGGGUACACUCGUACAGGGUGGGUCCAGUCCAAAUCUAUUGCAGGAGGUUAAAGUGCCGAUUGUCAGCAAUGAACUGUGUGAUCAGGAUUAUGGCUCUGCCGGUCUAAUUACGGAUUCUAUGCUGUGCGCUGGCGUACGUGGUGUUGGCGGCAAGGAUGCCUGUCAGGGUGAUUCCGGUGGUCCACUGUUAGUCAAUGGCAAAUUGGCCGGGGUGGUUUCAUGGGGUUAUGGUUGUGCAGAUUAUAGAUAUCCAGGGGUGUACUCGAACGUAACACAUUUGUUGCCAUGGUUGCGUGAAAAGAUCGCCGCGAUCGAUGCUACGUUUUUGAGGGAAAAUUGA